UUUGUCUGAAAAAAAUUAAGAAGAAAAAGAAAUUUAAUUAAAAAUUUAGUUAAUGUUGAUUAUGUAAAAAUUCCCUUUAUCAAGAAAUUAAUGAAAAUAAUGAAAAAAAAUUAUUUAAAGUGAAAUUAUUAAUUUUAGUGCUUGCAAAAAGGAACUUUAUUGUUUGAGAGGGUGAAUUUGGUCAAUUUUCCUGUUGAAGAUGAUUAAUUUGUGGACCAGCAUUACCCCAAAUCGUAGAUUUUCCAGAGAAUUUUCCACACCAAAACGAUGGAAUUGAGUCUCCAUGGAUCACAAAUCAGCCUAGCAACGCGCCAGAAGCCACCCACACCCACAGUUAACUAUCCACGACCGAAUUCUGCGCACUCCGGCACCUGCCACAUAGCCGGGCCACGUGCCGGGAGUCGCCCCCACUCAGCUGACAACGCGCGAUUCCUCACGAAAUUCAAGAAUCGCAUCAGGGUAACAACAGCCGACGGUUUUGCUGAGCCAAAGGAACCAAUCAAGCUCCCACCAAAUCAAAAAAGACCCUCCUCUUCGAAUAUUCUCAAACUUCUGCUAAGGGAACCAAUUACACGCUCCUGGACCGCUCCGGAAGACACCAAAAGUACCACAGAAGUACAACAGGAGGAAAAUAAUCAUUCAACUGGAACGCCCAUGGGCAGUGAUGGUGUAACGGAUGAAGAGAGUAGCAUAGAGGAAGAGAUUGAGAAGGAAGAUAAAUCUCCAGAAGGUGAUACACAGCCACCAGCACAGAGAACCACCAUCCCACCGACAACACUCGAUCUCAAGCAAAAAGCCUGGCCAGAAAUUCCCGGAAGUGGAAGUGACAAGUCCACGGAGAGAAUUGAUCUACCCGGGAGGGUAUCUUUCAGUUCAGCUGAUGUUAACGAGGAGGACGUGAGUGAGGCGGAUGAGAGUGAAACGUCCAGAGAAGCAAAGAAAGCUUCCAAGAAGGUUGUUCACUUUGACGAUGAACCAAUAGUAAAUGCAGAAAAGGAAGCAAUGGAUUCAUCAUCUGACAAAAUAAUUGAGGAUUACCGCAAGGAGAUUGCAAAUAUCAAUCGAAGGCAUGAGUGGGAGAGAAAAUUGGCUGAAGGUGAUUCAUCUGGGACGGAUAUCUUCGAACGGGAUUAUCUACUGGAGAAGGAGACACCGCCAGAAGGUUUAGAAAUAACCCCGAGAAAUAUAAUUGGUAGUACUUCUGUUAUGGAGCAAUAUUUUGAGGCAAUGCAAGCUCCAGAAAUUCCCGGAGCAGCCCUUCAAGGACUCAAAAUUACAGAGGUAACAAAAUGGGACAACUUCAGUGAUUUCCCGCCAAAAUUGCGUGAUAAAUCCAAUGAGAUCAUCUCAAACUACUUGAGAAUCUCAUCCAGUGAUCAAUCAGAUGGACCACCACCACCAACACGUCGUCCAGCUUCCUCAACGCGUCGCGGUAAGGUUAUCCGUGAGCAACGCAAGAGUAAAUCAGCGCUGAGUACAAAGCCACCGCCGAAGCCCAAAAUACCCGAAAAAGCACCCCUGAAACGCUCAAAAUCCAUCCCAAUUCUCCGGGAUGGGGAAAAUGCAGCCCUGGAUGAAUUUCAUAUUGACAAAGUUGAAUCCUGGAUGUCCAUUCAUGAUGAUGCCUAUGGCAAAAAGAUCUCCUUUGCCGAAUACACGCGAGAUUGGCGAGAUACACCAUCUUCGAAAACUGAUGAUGAAGGAAAUUUCAGCCUUGAGGAGCCUGGAGAUAGUUUCAGCACGGAGUCCACCUACGAUGAAAUUGUAUCCAUCAUAAAGGAGAUUGAUGCUGAUAAACGAAAACCCCGGAAUACACUGAAAGACCUCAAAUCAGAUGUUGAAUUCAAGCUUGCAACAUGUAGUGCUGCUCCCACUGUAAAUGAUCAAGAAAAUGGCAGUAAAAUCCAAGAGAUCCUCAACUAUUUAGAUUCAGUCGAUUCCAGCUGCGAGAAGGCCCUAAAGCGUGCUCAAACCUUCCUAAAUGAAACAGACACAACGGAAUUGGAACUCAUCACAGAACCAGAUGUGGUGGAAAAUGUACCAAAGAUAUCAGACUUACUAAUUCUCCCAAAUCAUCAGCUAGCUCGGCGUGUUGUGGCACUGUCACUGCGUGCCAAUGAGCUGGCGAAUGCCCUACAAUUGUCCAAGGAGCACGUAGCUGGGGUAAGAGCAGAAAAAGCCAAAGCCAUUCGUGCCGAGAAGCAGGCAAGCGCCACAAAGCUAACAGAGCAGAAGAGACACUUUGAGGGUAUUGUGGCACGGCAUCAGACAUUCAUUGAACAAUUGCUGCGUGAUAAGUCGAACCUGUGUGAAAAGGUGGGCAGUAUAACACGUCGUAUGGAUAGCCAGAAUCAAGCGUGGGAGCACAAGUUGGAAACGGAAAUAUCACGCACGAGAGAAACCAUGUCAGCUGGAGAGAAAAUUCGCAAGGAGCGUUGGGUGAAGGAGAACACAAAGAAGAUUAAGGAGCUAACGGUUAAGGGACUUGAAGGAGAAAUUGCUCGACUUACGCAGAGUCAUCAGGAUGAACUGGCUGAGCUUCGUCGGCAGCAUCAGCAGGAACUCCUGGCUGCCAUUGAGGAGACACGACAGAAGCACGAAACGGUGGAGAAAGCCAUACGGGAGUCAUAUGCUGAGGAUCGUGAGGCUGUCAUUGAGAAGGAGCGCAUAGCAAUUAGGGAACGGUAUGAGCGUCAAUUGGCAAUGGAGCAUAAAUCCUUUGAAGAGCAGAAAGCAAAAUUGCUGCUGGAUUUUGCAGCGGAAAAAGAGAGACUCCUAGUGGAAAUGCGUGAAAAGGAUGCUGAAGCAGAACAACGACGGGAAACUAUAAUCAGAGAGAGAUCUGAUAUGAUAGAUCAGGUUCGUAGGGAUCAAAAGGACAAACAAAAGAUCCUGGAGGAGCAACACCAAGCUGAACUCUCAUCGCUUCGUGAUCAGUUUGAGCGUGAUUUUACAAUUUGGAAGCGUGAGCACGAGAGUGCCCUGAAACUCCGUGAAGCUGAGCGUGAAAAUGCCAUUCGGCAGCAAUGUAGGCAAGAUCGUGAUCGUCAAAUUGAUGCGAUUGUUGCGAAAAUUGAUGCGGAAUCACUGAAAACGCAGCAAGAGCACGAAGUGAAGGUUGGACGGUUAAAGGAAAAGUACGAGACGGAAAUGAAGGAGCUCGAACGAUCGGAAACAAGUGCUCGGGAGAAGUAUCUCGAAACACGCCAUCGCCUAGCUGAGUGCGAGGCAACAAUUCAGAAUCUUCAGGCAACACUCAAGCAAACGGACAUUGAGUUGGUGCACUGCCGGAAGAUGCGCGAUGACUGUAUGGCUGAGAAGGAGAAAAUGAAAGGGAUGGUGCGUGAGGAAGUUGCCCAGGAGGCGAAGGUGCUGCAAAAGGAGCGUGAUGCGGAAAUACAGAGAAUCUAUGCGAGGGUACAGCAGUCCAUUGAGAAGAAAGAUACAACAAUUGAGGUGCUGCAGAAGGAGAAUGUGGCCCUCAAAGAGCGUGCACUGAAAUUGGAGGCAAUUGUACGACAACAGCGUAAGGAUUAUUGCACGAAGUAAGAUCAAGGCUGAGCAAUGAUCCCUUUUUUUGGUGUUUUUUUUUUCAUGUAAUCUUUAUGGGUGAGGAAAUAAAAUUUAUAUGUAGUA